UUGUGCCCCUCUCCCCAGUAUCAUGCCACUUCCAACGAAUUGAAUGUAUUCAUAUAUUCUUCCUCCUCUUUUUUAUCUAACCAAUCCAAAAGUCUUCCUUUUGUGUUCUCCAGCUCUUCUUCCUCUUCUUCAAUGGGGCAACAAGAAGAAAGCUUCACAAGUCCACUGUUGGGCUGCUAUGUUCAUCCACCAAACAAUAAUCAUGAUCAUCAUCAACAACAUCAGAAAAGAGAAAGAAGAAGAAGUAACUGGUACAGAAUUGUCUGUGUUUCGAUUGCUAUCUUAACAACAGUUAUACUGGUAGGAGUAGGUGCUAAUUCAAUUAUAUGGGGAUUGGGAGAUGAGAGCUUUAAUGACAUCAAGUAUGGGAAUACAAAAGAAGCUAACGAGGGAAGCGCGGUUGAGUCUGAGCAUGGGGUUGUUGCUGCAGACGAUGGCCGUUGCUCAGAAGUUGGUGCAGCGGCACUUAGGGACGGUGGACAUGCUGUCGAUGCUGCAGUGGCGACGGCAUUGUGUCUAGGUGUUGUACACCCAAUGUCAAGUGGAAUUGGUGGUGGAGGGUUUAUAGUUGUAAGAGAUUCAUCGACCUCAAAAAACCAAGCUUAUGAUUGCAGAGAAACUGCGCCUUUAGCUGCAUCACAGGACAUGUAUGCAAAGAACCCAACGGCCAAGAUUCUUGGUGCAUUGUCAAUGGGUGUACCAGGUGAGAUAGCUGGACUUCAUGCAGCAUGGCUAAGACAUGGAAGAUUACCUUGGAGCAAGCUUAUCCAACCUGCCAUAAAACUCGCGAAAGAUGGAUUUUUAGUCACUCGUUGUCUUGCAAAGUACAUUAAAGAUGACGAAAACAAGAUUAUGGCCGACCCUGGGUUAAUAAAAGUUUACUCACCCAACGGCAACUUGUUGCAAGACGGUGACACAUGUUAUAACAUUGAACUUGGAAAUAGUUUAGAAAUGAUCGCGAAACAAGGGCCUCAAGCAUUCUAUAAUGGGACCGUAGGCGAGAAACUUGUUCAAGAUGUGAAAAAAGCGGGAGGAAUUUUAACAAUGGAGGAUUUGAGGAAUUACAAAGUUGAUGUAAGUGAUGCAGUGUCUGUUGAUGUCAUGGGAUUUACCAUACUUGGAAUGCCUCUUCCUUCAAGUGGUACUCUUGGGAUCUCUCUGGUCCUAAACAUAUUGAAUAAUUAUGGAUUGGCGGAUAUUGAAAAAAGUCCGUUGGGUCUUCAUCGGUUAAUCGAAGCUCUGAAGCAUAUGUUUGCAAUUAGAAUGAACCUCGGCGAUCCAAAAUUUGUCAACACAACACAGUAUGAAUCCGAAAUGUUGUCUCCAUCAUUUGCUGCAAAGCUUCGGGACAAAAUACUUGAUAAUACUACAUUUCCCCCAGAGUACUACUUGAACAAAUGGAGUCAGUUGCAAGAUCAUGGAACUAGCCAUUUCUGCAUUGUUGAUGCAGACCGAAAUGCUGUGUCGAUGACAACUACUGUAAACCGUGGAUUUGGUGGCGGUGUUCUCUCACCUUCCACGGGUAUUGUGCUCAAUAAUGAAAUGGAUGAUUUUGCAACGCCAACAGAAGAAACGGAAGAUGGACUUCCUCCAGCUCCCGCAAAUUAUAUUCAACCAAACAAGAGACCCUUAUCUUCAAUGACCCCAAUUAUCAUUCUCAAGGGCAAUCAAUUAGCCGGUGUCAUUGGUGGUAGUGGCGGGAUGUACAUUAUACCGGCUGUGUUACAAGUUUUUCUUAACCGUUUUAUCAUUGGAAUGGAACCUCUGCAAGCAAUCCAACACCCAAGAGUCUACGUCAAGUUAAUACCAAAUGUGGUGUUUUAUGAGAACUGGACAACCAUUUGUGGGGAGCACAUAGAAUUCUCAGAGGAGAACAAGAGUUUCUUGAGGGAUAGAGGACAUGCAUUGAUGAGUAAAGCAGGUGGGGCGAUUACUCAACUUGUUGUGCAGACCUUUCAAACCUCAACAAGAACAAAGUUAGAUGGAAAUGAUCAUCAUCAAGGGGUUCGCAAUGGUAUCCUAACUGCUGUGAGUGAUCCCAGGAAAGACGGAAAACCUGCAGCGGUUUGAUUUUAAAUUCUAUCGCUCAACUCGUUUGAGAUACUCGUAAAUACAAAUGCGUGGAUAUUCUUUCGAAGGUGUCAUUCAAAACACACAAUCUGUCAUAAUGUUCAUAUUGGGAAUCUAGUUCAUAAUGUUCACAUUAAAACACAAACACUUUUUUUUA